AGGAGGGGAACUUUGCUGACGGUAUGUAAUGCCUUUGUCGUCUUUUUAUGCGAGGAUAUACUCUUUCCGGUGAUGUUCAAAAAGUCCCACACUCCAAAGACACCGUGACCCAAGCCUACUGGGAUGAUCUUGUACGCGAUACUAACCACGAUCUCCCAAUCUCUUGAUAUCCCCCACUCCCACCAAAUAGGGGAUAGCUCUGCUAAAUGGUGAAAUCCAAAGGGAAAACCGUCUUGGAACGAAACCCUCCCUCGGAGGAAGAGAGCGAUGAGGAACCAGAGACGUAUGAAGUGGAGAAAAUCGUUGGUUAUCGGUGUCAUAGAGGAGUGGAGCAAUAUCGGAUCAAAUGGGAAGGAUAUCCCGAGGAAGACAACACCUGGGAACCCGUGGAAAACAUCCAUGCGACCGAUCUAAUCCAAGAGUACUGGAAGUCGCAAGCUAAUCAAGGACCCUCUAAGACGGGUACCGUUGCACGAUCGCAAAUUGCGGCUGCAAAAGCUGCAGCUCAAGGUGGGAAAGAUGGGUCAAACAGUGCCGAUGACAAUGAACCAGAGCGCCCUGUUCCAAAGCAGACAAAACGGAAGCCUCUUCGGACGACCGUGGAAUCCGACGAUCCAAAAGGAAAGAGGCCCAAAUACGAACCGAACGGAGAGUCGGCAUCCACCCCCGCGAAAGACGAAGAUGAGGACGACGUGCGCGUAUAUGACCAAGAGGUCGAACUUGACCCAGAAAUUGCGAACGCGGAGUCAUGGGAAGACCUAGUCGCUGAGGUCGAAACUAUCGAGCAAGGACACACAGAGUCCGAAUUGGUUGUGUUUAUCUUAUGGAAAGACGGGAGAAGAAGUAUGCAUUCGUCCGUGGUUGCGAACAAAAAGUGUCCCCAAGCGAUGAUAUCCUUUUACGAGUCACAUAUCCGAUUCAGAAGGCCAGAGGACGGCGACGAAGGACAAACCGCUGCUGCCGCCUCAUCGGAAGAGAAGUCUGAGAACGAUGAGCCACUCUUCCAAGACUUCAAUGAUGGCGACGACGUAGUCGAAGAGACACCAGAAGAUAUUGACGAGAUCAGAUUGGAAUAAUGCCAAAGAAUUUUUGGAAAUGCCAGAUAACAUAGUUUUAGGUUGGAAGCGACGCAGUCUAGUUUGUAAUUUAGCAAACUGCCGGGGGUUUUGAUAACUCAAGCGGUUUCACUUGGCACUUUACAUGUCCUCAGUGAGUGAUGUCAUCGCGUAAGAUAUUGAGGUCAAUUUACACAGGUUGUAUUGAAUGUAAAGGUUUCCUAUCUCAGCACCAGUACCAAAAACUGAUAAAUUGUCUAUAUACAUCAUCCAUUUGUUCAUCAACAAAGUCAAAGAACGACGAUCAUUCGCUCUUGGGUG